AUGUCCUCUCAUAACGCAUCAACAGAAGGGAGCAAGUCUUCCCUGAAAAAGUCGGCCAUCUUUCUUCAGAACGCAUGUCUGCAACACCGAUACAUACGUUCGAAGGAUCUCUCUACUAUUGUGGAGCGACCGGAACGUCUGCGAGCCGUCAACAUAGGGCUCUCUGCUGCCAUCGCUCGCCUGGAAGGUCUUUUCCCUUUGGCCGGGGCCACACUAGUUUCAACUGACGUGAACGGCGAGCUCGAUCCCGCGGAUUUGGCCAACGUCAUGGACAAAUUGAAGAUUAGCUCGGAGCCUUCGAACGCUGCUUCGCUUGUUGAAAUAAUACAGAGCGAGACCACAACAAACUUAUUAAGCCACCCUGCUGUCAAGUACAUUCACGGAGAUAUUGAACGCGACAUCUAUCUGGAGAACUUGACUACCUGGGCUAAGGAGAGCCACAAUAAAAUAGCGAAAGGAGAAUCCGAAAUACCUCACGGCUAUUCUCAAGGCGAUCUCUAUUUGUGUCCCGGAUCUAUUGCAGCGAUCGAGGGGGCCGUCGGAACCGUCUGCGAAGCCGUGGACCGAGUAAUUUCAUCAAUCGGUGGGAAUAACCCAAACCCAAUACAUCGCGCCUUCGUUGGAAUCCGGCCACCUGGACAUCAUUGUGGCGAAGACACGCCAUCAGGGUUUUGCUUUGUGAACAACGUCGCCAUUGCCGCGGCUCAUGCUCAUCUUCAACACGGUAUUAAACGCAUCGUCAUAUUCGACAUCGACCUCCAUCAUGGGAAUGGAACCCAGUCAGUUGUGUGGCAGAUAAAUGAAGAGACUUACCGCCAAGUCCUGGAGUCAGAGGGCGGAGCGCCUAUUAAGAAGACCGGCCCAGAGCUCUACUACGGCUCGAUUCACGACAUAUUGUCAUAUCCCUGCGAGGACGGAAAAAUCGAACUGGUCCAGGCUGCGUCGGUCUCGCUUCACAAGUCGCACGGACAGCACAUCGAGAACAUCCAUCUUCAAACCUAUACCUCCGAAGAACAUUUCUGGAAGGUGCUUUACAAGGAGCAAUACAGCAAGUUAUUGACUAAAGCGGAGGAGUUCCUCGAUCACACUGGCGGACCCGGAGACGACGUUUUGAUCUUCAUCAGUUGCGGUAUGGAUGCUUGUGAACACGAAUACGAGUCGAUGUCAAGGCAUAAUCGCAAAGUACCAACAUCUUUCUACUAUCGCUUUGCCAGAGAUGCCUGUGUGCUUAGCGAUAAGUAUGCUCGAGGAAGGAUUAUAAGCGUCCUCGAGGGUGGCUACAGCGACAGAGCUCUAACGAGUGGUACUAUGGCCCAUCUUUCGGGCCUCGUCGAUGUCCCAGCUGGGGCGAAAGUUGAUGAAGAUUGGUGGAAAGUCGACAAUCUCAUCCAGCUCGAAUCUGCAACGAAGAAAAAGCGAGGGCGGCCCUCUCUCCCAGCCGCAAGUUCUGUCGAGCCAUGGCUCGAGCGCACUCUCGCUAUCUUCACCCCAUUGGACAUGGCGGCAGCUUCGGCUGUGGCAUCAGCUCCUCGGGCAUCCGUCCCUGUUCCUACCAGCACCAGGACGCUCCGCGAUCGUACGAAGGGCAAGAACGCUGUCACAAGGGAUUCUCCUUCGAAGAGCGUCGGAAAGUCUAUUUCCUCAGCGUCGGUGACAUCUUCAAGAGCAACGCAAGCCGAAACUUCGGCGAAGAUUGAGUCGGUGUCAGGCCGACUUCCAAACAGCAACAACGAACGGACCUCCUCCAACAGCAGCCCUCUUUCGAGCCCAAGCUCGACAGAAGACGAGGCUCGCGUCACGAAGAAGAUCCCAAGGGUUAUACUGAAGCUUGGGAAGCCGCCGGAGGCCAAUUCGCAACAAGUAUAA